GAAACUUGAACCAAAAUGAGUCGCGUUCGUAGAAAGACCGCCAAGGAGGCCUCUAAGGUCAUCACUGAGAAAUACUACACCCGGCUGAUGAUGAAUUUCCAUAUACACAAGCGCAUCGUCGAGGAAGUGGUCAUCAUUCCCACUAAUCCCCUGCGCAACAAGAUCGCUGGUUUCGUGACACACCUGAUGAAGCAUCUGCGCCACUCGCAGGUCCGUGGUAUCUCCAUCAAGCUGCAGGAGGAGGAACGUGAGCACAGAGAUAACUACGUACCGGAGGUGUCCACUCUGGAUCAGGACAUCAUCGAAGUGGAUCCGGAGACCAAGAAGAUGUUGAAGCAGCUGAACUUCAACAACAUCGUUGUCCAGGUGACCAACCCGUCGACGCAGGGCUACAACCGUCGCAACUAAGUCCGUUGCAAGUCAAGAUCGUUGGGAUGUUGUUCUAGAAUUUCCCACAUCCGUGCGAGAGAGUUUAUCAUCGUAUUUUAAGCGAAAGAAUAUGAUCCUUUGGAAGUUAGGGAAGAAAAACCUUGUUCGGUCAUUAAAUAUGCAUCAUAUGAAUCAUUGAUCGAAUUUUACAUUACCACCAGCUUUACAACUGUGGAUUCAUUACCUUCUCAUUGCUAGUUAAACUAUUCCUCUCCAUAGUAUACAGCAGUUACUCAUUUAUUUCGUUUCCUCAUUUGAGAAAUACUUUCAUGG